CGUUGCACUUUUUUCGGCUGUCUGCUCAUCCUUAUCAUUUGUGGCACCCGCUCUUGAUUCUUUCAAUCAAAGACAAUGCGGCGACAACAACUUACAUCGACACCAAUCGACGCGUCCAGCGUUUGGUCUGGAUGAUACAACCGACGAUCGCCUCGUGGAUAUACGAAACGCUCUGGAGAAGAUGARCAAAUUAUCACAAUCGAAAGAUGAAUCACAUAGCAUGCAAACUUUCGAGACACGUAUUCGGAAGGUAAUCUCGUCUGGCGAGUCUUCCAUCCCGGGUGCGGGUCGAGGCCUCUUUGCAACCAAAAACAUAAAAAAAGGAACCGUUAUUGGAUUCUUUCCGGUCGAUGGAAUCGGAGUCGAAUUUGACGAUGGAUCAUCGAUCUGCUGUGGCUUGACACCGGAAGACCAGACCUAUUUUGAUAACACACCGAAGUCGAACUACCUUCUGAACCUCUUUGGGUCGAGGCGCUUGGGCACGGCUGAUUUUGGCGAAGACGCCCAGCUCUUCAUCGAUGUCAAUCCUGGUCGAACAUCGGAUGCGUCCACGCCCUGGAACGGUCACUUAGUGAACGAUGGGGCUACUGUUUUGGAGAAUAGUGAGCAGGGAAUGCUUGACUAUUACGCCGCAAGUCAACGGAGGAAAAAUUGUGUCAACAUUCCCUUCGGACCCUCUCCUCUUCUUGCGGUARUGACGACGAAAAAAGUGAAGAAAGGAGAAGAGCUAUUCACGACAUAUGGGUGUCUCUACUGGAUGGAAUAUAUUCUGAAACCCGACGAGGAGGUUGCGGAUGUGACUGAAGCCGUUCAAUUGCAAGCGCGAGAAACGGCGCAAGAUCUAUUUGAUGCCAUGAAAGAUGCGCAGGUCACGUAUGCCAAACAGCAAGCCGAGAUCGAAGAGAGCUUUGCACAGAUGUAGUGCAUCCAAAAAUUAUCUUCAAAUGCAGUGAUUAGGAAUCUCUUUGUACAUGUAGGGCAGUGCUACCAAUAUUAAUGUCGGUCACUGCUUCAAUAGUGAAAAACUACCCACCCAAGACCGACAAAAACAACUGUKUUGUAGAACGCGUGGGCGCAGUAUCGUUCGAAAUUACUUCCACUGUCGCGAUCGGUUGCUUCGGCACUUUCAGUGGCAGUAUCAGCCAAAACGACGGCCCCGCCAGACACAUUUUCAUUAUCGAUAGAGGAGUCCAUAGAUAUUUUUGUACURUUGCCACUAUCUCCAUUUUCAUCAAAACUCACAACAUCAUUAUUUACGUAGAGAAAAACUGCSCCCGAUGMUGUCGCCGGUAAUUCAAAGUUUUCCUUGUCGAAAGGAAUUCCUAAUUCGGUUUUCAGUGCAUUCACGAAGGUAGCGAGGCUUUCGGCAACACUGUCGAGGACCCACUCGAAAAUUUUCUCCGUAGGGCACACAUUUACAAAAGCAACCCCGCAUCCGUUAUCGGUAAAGAUACAAUG